AAACUACGCAAAGGAGUAGCAGUUGUGCUCGAGGCGUCGUGGGAGUUGGUCAUAUACACGACCAGGCAAAGGACGCUGCCGUUUUAAAUUUUUUGUGUUGUGAUUAUUUUAAUUUAAGGAUUGUGUGAAAUGCAGUGGUUUCUGGCUGGUUUACUAUGUUGGGCGACGCUUGCGAUAGGAAGCGAACUGCCAGAUUUGUUAGAAACAAAUCCAUCAGUGGAGGUGCAAUGCUUGGCUGGUACAGAAUGGAAGAGCAACUGUCACAGUUGUCGAUGUCUGGCAAACGGCAUCGCGGAGUGCUCCAAAGAGGAGUUAUGUGACACCAGUAUAACUGCGGACCCCAUACCUUGCAAGCCGCAAACAGUUUUUAGCAGGGAUUGUAGCAGCUGUAUCUGUCUGCCCAACGGCAAAGCGCAGUGCACACCGGGUGUUUGCAAUCGGUCAAACAUUCCAAAGAGAUCCGAGUUGCUAUCGGGUAAGGAGUGUUCGCCGGGGUCCAAAUGGUCGAGCCAGUGCAACGAAUGCCACUGCACCAGUGAGGGAUAUUCGUCCUGCACUGAAAUGAAAUGUCCCGGUCAGGAGAACGAGGCAACACUACGCUGCGCUCCCGACUCCGUCUGGAUGAACGAAUGUAACACGUGCUGGUGUACUACCGACGGUCGGGCAACGUGUACUAGGAUGGGGUGCAUGGGGUCACCAGCAAUUGAUUUCAAUGUUAAGGCCACGGAAGAACCUAUUAUUACAAAGAUUUUAAGAUCGAAAGUAAAUAAAGAGAACAGCACAAAGGCGGUCAUCUGUUCAGCGAAUAGAAUGUUCAUUAAAGAUUGUAACACAUGUUGGUGCAAUGAGGAUGGAACCAGUUACUUCUGCACAAGGAAGGUCUGCGUCUUGGAAGUAUCAGAUGAAAAUGCAGAGCUGUCAGAGAACGCUCGCGUUAUAAAACAGAAGUGUCGUCCGGACGAGGUGUUUGAAAUGGAUUGUAACAUGUGUCGUUGCAAUCCCGACGGCCAGUCAUAUUCUUGUACUAGACGAGCGUGUUACCCUGAUGAUGUACCUGAUGAUGUACAGAAAUCGGACAGUAUCGCAGAAAAAAAUGAUUCAAUAUCGUCAAGGAAGAGACGUGCUGUUCAACAGGAGCCGCCCAAAGCGUGCCAGCCGGGGCAGGAAUUCCGUAUCGAUUGCAACAAAUGCCUCUGCAACAAUGAGGGUCACGACUUCUCCUGUACGCGCAUUGAUUGCGCCUUGCUUAACAGUAACAGUAAUGGUGGAGUCAGGACAAAGCGAGAAACUACAGAAGAGAUUAGCACCAACUGUUCCGCGGGUGCAGCGUUCCAACGCGCCUGCAACGUAUGUCUUUGCGGAGCUGACGGCCAGCGCGCGACGUGCACCACGCACGACUGUGACCAGGUCAAAACUAGCGAUGGAUUAAAUGCACCGGAAUCAGAUCCUAACUUCCGAUGCAAUCCAGGAGAACAGUUCAAGCGAGAGUGUAACGAUUGCACGUGUUCCGCUGACGGCAAGAGCGUGUUCUGUACUCUACGUUACUGCUCCGUUUACACGCCUUCAAACGUAUCCAGUAUUCAUCCAGAAUAUUUGCCUAUAAAGGAAGGAGAUCCGUGCGUAAAAGGCAAAAUGUAUAAAAUAUCUUGCAACACUUGUCAUUGCGCCGACACUAACGCCCUCUAUUGUACAAAAAUGGCUUGCUUAGAACACGAAGAUAUGAAACGAUUCAGUUUAAUUAAUAAACAAAGCCAUCAAAGAGAUUUAAGAGGAGGAAAUGAAAAAGACACUAAGAAAGAUAAGAAAUAUUUACCUGAUUUACCAGAAGGGAGAUGCGUUCCGGGGAAAUUGUACCAUAAAGAAUGCCAAAAAUGCUACUGCGAUAUUAAUGGAAAACCUUUAUGUAAUCCAUCGAAGCCAACAAAAUGCAAAGAACCACCAAAAAUAAUGGAUGUUACCACACCAAUGGAUGUAAGCCCACCAAUCACAAACAAGGAAUUCUCGCAGCUGCCAAUCCUACCGCAUUCUGCCGUGAAAUGCCAAUCAGGCAAAAUAUACUUGAUAGAUUGCAACACUUGUCUAUGCUUAGACAACGGAAACCUUCUUUGCGAGACAUUGCUUUGCCUUAACAAAGAUGAAGAGAAUGCUGUAAAGGCGAAAAAGUGGUCAGGGAUAAAAUGUAAAAAUGCAGACGACGCCCUUUCCGACCGCUGUAUUCGUUGCGAUUGCAAAAACAACAUCACAGAAUGUCGUGCAGUACCGGGCUGUGCAAUGCCGGCUAAGAUGAAGUUACAUGGCAAUACAAAGAUGCGCCUUAACCUUGAUAUCAAGAAAGAAAAGUGUAAACCAGGCGCAGUUUAUAAAACUGACUGCAACCGUUGCUACUGUCAGUCGGAUCUGUCACUGCGAUGCACCCAAAAGUCCUGUCUGAACUAUCGACAGGCCCUCAAGCUGAAGAACCUACGCUCCUAUCUUCAAAAACAUGGUCUUUAAAACACAAAAGAGACGGCAAUUUAGUUUUUAAUCUGUAAAAAAGUAAUUGA